AACUGCAAACUUAUUUUGCUAUAUUGGCGUGCAUUUUCUGAUUCCAGUUCAAAUAAAUGUGGGUGGUGUUCUUCAGCUUCAGCUUAUGCUAGUCCUCCAUCUGUUCUAUCCCGUAAUAACAAUAUCUGAGCUUGAAUACAUGAACAGGACAUCUAUCUUUGUGGCAUCGUCUGUUUUUGUGGCGUCUGCGUUCACUCUGUUUUGUUUCUCGAGACUAUUUCAAAGACCGCAUGUUAAAAAAGUCUCGUUCAAGCCAUCAGUGCCUCGUUUCACAUUAGGCGAUACGUCACUCCCUAAAGUUAUCGAAUUCGACAAGGGAAAUUUAACGCUUGAUUUCUGUACAUCCAUCUGUACACUGAUCAAUAUAUCUGAUUAUGACACAAGACAGAAGCUUAUCAUCAGUCUUCAUCAAGCUUCAUCAUUUCGUCGGAACUUUGAUGUCAUUAGGGACUCUAAGUGCCUAGAACUCCUCCUAUCUCUCCUGGAUUCUACCUCAGGGACGUUAUCAGGACGCCAGCAAAACCUAAACAUUCUUCACGUUGUAAUGAACUUGGUGUGCGAUCAACAAAAUUUUCCAAUCAUAAAGGACUAUUUCGAUGAUAUUUUAUUAAUAGCAAAUGCAGUGGAAUACAGUGAUCAAGCAUGCGUUGCUCUUCAGGUCCUCGGUAAUAUAGCAUUAACUCCAGAUGGAUGCAAAUUGCUACGUAAUAAAUGUGGUUAUCUCUGUAAUAUGUUAAAAAUGCGCGAUCCAUAUGUCCUACGAAAUCUACUAGUAGUUUUUGUGAAUCUGUCCUGUGACAUAGAUUGUUGUGGUGAAAUUCUUACACAGGAUCAUGAGGAAUUUAUGAAAACUUUGGAGUAUUCAUUGUCUUCGAGUGCACCCAUAUCAGUUUCUCUAAAAAUGAUCGUUCUCCUCAAUAAUCUAUAUUCUUGGAUGAUACAGAAGCAAGAAACUUCACGGAAAUCAUCUGAUUCCUCACCCUCUUCAAAGUCUAUAGCUAAUUCACUUAAGAAUAAUUGCACUCUAGUUAAAUCGUGGAUUAUGUUCUUGAUAUCUUCAUCAAAAGACCCGGUCAUGCUACCCAAAAAAUCUUUAUCGACGCUAUUUGGGUUCCUCAACACUCCAGUGUUAUCAGAAAUCAAAGUUUUCAAUUGUCCUGACCGUAAUGAAUACUCUAUUAUAGCUGAGUGGACGCAGACUGACACUUUUCGAAAAGACAGUGUUUCAUAUUCAAGAAAUUAUCUGGUCACCUUACCACAACAUGACAUGCAUGAAAAUCUACAUGUGGACUACACUUCACAACUACAGUUUACCUCAUUUGGACAGUGUUUUCCUUUCGCCUCACAGAACCAUGUACGUACUAUUUGGGAUAUUAAGUCUCCUGAAGGUUGUCACCGAGCUGUAUGUAUCGAAUGUAAUCCUCCACUGGCUUCAAAUCCUUCAAAGUCUACUGUCGCUAGUACUGCAGAAUCAGGUAUUUUCAUUCAAGUGUGGAUAAAUGGACGUUUCACCAACUCUAUAAAGCUCCCAACACUUAAUGCUCGUCAUGGUCGUGUCUAUCCUUCGAAUAGUUCGACAUUCCAUGGAGCUCGAUGGUCGAAUGCAAGAGAUAAGAUUGUUUAUUUGGCAGAAGUGUGUAAUAAUCCUAGUGAGAAUACUACUACUAAUGAUCAGUCAUUCAAAGAUGACCCUUCAUCGUUUGCAUUCCAAGAGGAUUGGGGUGAAGGCAAUGAAGGAUCGCAUAAACCGAAGCUUUGUAUACUUGAUCUUACUACCGAAACUGUUAGUUUUGCUCCAAUCGAUGAAAAUAAGCAUAAUUUAGCUUGCAGUGAACCGUUAUGGAGUCCAGAUGAUAACGGGAUUAUAUUUGUUGGUUAUCCUUCGCAAGCUUAUAAUCUUGGAUUAAUUUACUGUAUUCAACGUCCAUCUCAACUUUAUUUUUGGGACAUAAAAAAGAAUAGUAUCGAACCAAUCAAUGUGCCUGGUUAUUCAGUUCAAUGUCCGCGAUUCAAUCCAAAUGGUACUUAUUUAAUUUGGCUUCAAAACCCUGUUGGUGGACCACAUGGUCAGUGUGUUUCAUUAGUUGGUACUCAAUGGCCAAUGAACUGCUUGAAACCUGAGGUUAUUAUACCAAUUAUCAAUAGUCCAUGCAGUGAUUAUAAGUGUACUAUAGAUAGAUUUCCAGGACUGUAUUGUAAAUUAGCAGAUCGUUGUUGGUCUAGUGAUGGACAAUAUGUAUUAGUCUCAUCAUGUUGGGGAUUCGAGGUUGUUGGACUUCUUAUUUCAGUGACUGAAUCCAUUGCCCAAUCAAGACCAGUUGUAUAUAAACUGCCUAAGUUGUAUUUAUCAUCAGAUGGAACCACGUUGUCAUCAUCAUUAUCAAUUUUAGAUGUUUACGAUGAUGUUCUAGUGGUCUCUGUCAGUUCUCCAAUUCAUCCACAGCAUAUAGCUGUAUUAAAUUUAAAGUAUCUGAAUUAUGCUAAUUUGUCUUCUGAUCUUAAUCAGCGUCCAUGGUUAAUCAUUUCUGAUGGGAUUGAUUUAAAACAAAAUCAUUUACGUUCAUUGAAAGGUAUUGAUUGGUCAAUUCAUCAAAUAGAACUGGAAAAUAAAUCAGAUAACCAAAUAAAUUCAUUUGAAUGUUUACUAGUUCAUCCUAUACUUCAAGAUGAUGGUUCAAUUCAACAAAUAGAUCUAUCCGAUUUCACAUUUGCAAAAGAUUUAACAGAAAUUGUAGCAUGUAGACUUCGUGGUUUAAUUGUCAUGCCUCAUGGUGGUCCACAUGCACAUUCAAGUGCUUCUUGGUCUUCGAUGAUCGCUGGAUUUUGUUCGGUAGGCUUUGCUUGUUUAUUAAUUAAUUAUCGUGGAUCACUUGGUUAUGGCAAUGCGUUUGUCCAAGAUUUAAUCGGAUAUAUCGGUGAAAAAGAUGUGUCUGAUUGUGUUCAAGCUACUAAAUUUGCAUUGAAUUAUUUGCAGAAAUUUGGGUCCAACUUGAAAGCAGUUUUAUUUGGUGGUUCACAUGGAGGCUUCUUAACGUUACAUUUAGCCUCACGAUAUAAAAAUUUAUAUCAUGUAGCUACAGCUCGUAAUCCAGUGGCUCAUUUAGUCAGUUUUAUUGAUACAUCUGAUAUACCGGAUUGGUGUUAUACUGAAUCAGGUUUAGCAGAUUGGUGUGAAUGGCCUCUUGGUCAUUUACCGAACGACAAUGAAUUAAUGCGUUUGUCAAAUCAAUCUCCUUUGAAAUAUUUAGAUAAAACAUGGUCUGUACCUUUGUUAAUGCUGUUAGGUGGGAAAGAUCGUCGUGUACCAAACAGUCAGGGAUUAACAUUCUGUCGAAAGUUGAAAGCUUUAUGUCCAACUGUACCAUGUGAAACAUUGCUCUAUCCAUAUGAUUCACAUCCAUUGGAUUCACCAGCAUGUUCAUUAGAUGUUUUUGUGAAUUGCGUAAAUUGGUUUUUAAAACACUUAUAAAACUUGUGAAAAAGCAUAAUUCUGUGUUCUCUUUUCUGUUCAUUUUUUUCACUUCGAAAUAAAUAAGUAAAUAAUUAACUUCA